CCUUUUAGAAGGGGCAUAGGGUUUGAUGUUUCAAUUUAAACCCUAAGAGCCUGUGGUAAUUGUGCAGUUAAUUAACUUGCGCAUGUGAUAUUUUGUGUUUGGCCACAUAUGCUCUUUCAAAAUAGAUGGAAAGUUUCAAAAUUGAUUUUUGCUAGAAUUUUGUAUAAUUACCUCAAGGGUAAUGCCCUCCAUCUUGGUUUUAAGUUUAAUUAUUUGGAAAGAGCAAGCGUAUUUUCAUAUAAAGGGAAUUUUGUAUGAAUUAUGAUUUUUAAAAAGGAGGGUAAAGGUGUUUAAAUUCAUACCAUACAUCAUGAUCGCAUGAUGGUGGAUGGUAGGCUAGGAUUAAGCCUCACUUUGUAGCCAUAGGAUGAUAACAUGAAAUGCCUAGAUUCAUAUAUCUAGGAGUAUAUAUACACUUGGUGGCUAGAAGCCUAUAAAUAUCCCCUCACUCAUUCAUUUUCUAUAUGCUUGAAGCUCACACUUUCUCUCUCUAAGUGGCACGUCCUUUCCCUCUAUUUCUCCUAAUGUGGCACUCCCAAACCAUUUUAAUCUCUUUUUCUCUCUCUUCCUCCAUGAGAUUAAAACAUGAGUGGAGUGAUCAAAUUCUAGUGAGAAAGUUCCAUUGAUGAUUAAUUCAAGCUCCAUCAAAGCCAUGGAUGAUCUAAGAACCAAGAGAUCCAUCGAAUGAUGUCUGUGAAUGUGCUCCAAAUUUGGAGCCAUCUAGCUUGAUGAAUGAUUUUCGAUGUAAUACUUAUGGGAGCAACGAGUUUCAAUUCAGGAAGGCUUUGGGAGAGCUUGAAUUUAGAAAAGCUUUUCUUAUUCUGAACUACAUUGGCAAGCAAAGGAUAGAUGAUGUCUUGUCCAUAGAGAAAAUCCGAACAUGGAAGGACUUGUCCAUGCAAUGCUUUGAAUAUGAGGUUUGGAGGACAGUUGGCGAGCGCUAUGCCUCUCAAACUGAUAGAAGGAAUCUUGAUUGGGAUUCCGGGAAAGCAGAAAACUACCAAUGUCAUGUGGAUCCAGUAGGGAAUUUCUCCUUUAAGGGCCCGUUCUUGGAAAGCACCCAAACCCACUUACGUAGAGUACUGGGGGAUGACAAAGUUCUUACAGUAAAAUUUGCAGAGGAAAUGGUUGAUGAACGCAGAGGGGAGUUCAAUUUGUCGAGAUCUAAGAACAUAUUUAGAAGGAUUGCCAAAGAUGGAAUCCUUGUUGGCUUGCGCAGAUAUCAUUUUUUUGUUUUCAAAGAUGGGGGUAAAGAAGAGAAAAGGAAAAAUGCAAAUACCACAGGUGUGAAGUGUUAUUUUGUCUGUAUGAAGUCUGAUGCUGAGUCGGACAUGCACACCCCAUAUAUUUUGUCAAAUAAGACCAUCCAAGAAGCAAGGAGCAUGUUCAUGGAUGUUCAUACUGUACCCAACUUGGCUAAAUACAUGGCUAGGUUUUCUCUUAUUUUGUCAAAGACAAUCAAACUAGAAGUUGAUCUUGGUAGUGUGAAUAUUGAGCGCAUCAAUGAUAAGCCUUGUUUGGAUAAUCAUAAUGAGAUUGUCUAUGAUCAGAAUGGUCAAUGCUUGAUACACACAGACGGAACUGGUUUCAUUUCUGAAGACUUGAUGAGCAAAUUUUCGAAGAAUAUAUUCAAGGAACGCUAUUUGAAACAAAAGAAGGUUGAGACGUGCUUAAAUGGAAUGGAACUCAAUGCGAAGUCUGUUUUGGAUGAGGAGAUUAAAUAUGUUUCUGGGGAUCUUCAUUUGCUAAUCCAAUUUCGGCUUUUUUAUGAUGGGUGUGCUGUCAAAGGAACUGUGCUUGUUAACAAAUUGCUUCCACCUAACACCAUUCAAGUGAGGCCAUCCAUGGUUAAAGUUGAGAGAGAUACUGAUUUUUCACGUCUUCCAUCUUUCAAUUCGUUUGAAAUGGUUGGAACAAGCAAUCGUCCAAGAGGAGCAGCCCUAUCGAGGUAUUUGAUUACAUUGCUCAGCCAUGGAGGUGUGCCAAAAUCGUGCUUCAUGUUUCUGAUACAGGCUGCUUUAGACGAUGUUCAGAAUGUGCGGUAUUCAAAAAAAUUGGCUUUAACAGCUGCUGUGAAAUAUCAAGAGAUAAGUGACAAUUUGUUGGUGGCGAGAAUGAUUUUUUGUGGAUUACCGCUUGAGGAACCUUACCUACAGCAUCGUUUGUCAAUUCUUAUGAAGGAGGAAAGGAAAGGCCUUAAAGAAGGAAAGGUUCUUUUACCAAACUCUUAUUAUCUGAUGGGUACUGCAGACCCCACAGGAAAGUUGAAGGGAAAUGAAGUCUGUAUCAUUUUGGAUCAUGGACAAAUUUCAGGGAAAGUUUUAGUGUACAGACAUCCUGGACUGCAUUUUGGUGAUAUCCAUGUCUUUACAGCAACUUACAUUGAGGAUUUGGUGGAGAUUGUUGGUAAUGCCAAGUUUGCAAUAUUUUUUUCUACUCAAGGUCCACGAUCUGCAGCAGACGAAAUUGCAAAUGGUGAUUUUGAUGGUGACAUGUACUGGAUAUCAACUAAUCCAGAGCUGCUACAUUAUUUCAAAGCUGGCCCGCCAUGGGAACGGUCUUCUUCCGAGAAGCCCCCUCCUCAGCGGAAACCUAUUGAAUAUUCACCAGAUGAAUUGGAAACUGAGCUUUUUGACCUAUUCUUAGAGAGUCGAUUUCAUCCAAGCAUUGCAAAGUGUGCAGCUGCUGAUAGCUGGUUGGUCUAUAUGGAUCGAUUGUUAACUUUGGGGGACGAGUGUGCAGAAGAGAAAGGUUGCUUGCACCAGAAAAUGCUCAAGUUAGCUGACUUGUACUACGAAGCAGUGGAUGCACCAAAAAGUGGAAAAAAGGUUGAAGUUCCAAAGGACUUGAAGCCUGAAAGAUACCCCCAUUUCAUGGAGAGAACUUACCAAUACACCUCUACUUCGAUUCUUGGUCAGAUUUAUGACUUAGUGGCUUCAGCACAGAUGGAUGUACCAUGUGAAGACAUUGAGCUGCUGCCAUGCUUCCUUGAAGAAGUAGAGCCGAGCGGCAUGGAAAAAUGGAAGGGGCUUUACGCUCAAUACAGAGACGAGAUGAACAAAGCUUUGUCGAGCACUGAUCAAAAGAAAUCUAAUGCGGAUGAAGUCAUCCAAAACUAUAAGAAGAUUCUAUAUGGAGCGCAAGAGUAUGAAGAGAGGACGAGGCCAAGGGAGGAGAUAUUCAGAGAGGCCUGUGAAAUAUAUGCAAUAUCAUAUUUUUAUGCGAAGGAGAAGAGUGAUAUUGCCAAGUGUGGUUUUGCUUGGAAAGUUGCAGGCUGUGCACUCUGUGAGUUACAUGCUCUCAAGCAAAAGAAGAAUAGCAUCACUUGCUUGUCAUCAGUCCUGCAGGAGCUACUCAAGUGAACUGAUAUUCUCUCUCUCUUUCUCUCUCUCUCUCUCUCUCUCUUUCUCUGUAUUUAAUAUAUCUUGUCUGUAAUCAUGUAUUUAUUAAGUAUAUGUAUAUAAUAUAUUUAUAUUUCUUGUUAUUUCUUUCUCCAUUUUACUUAGGAAAUAUGGUUUGAAGGGUAUCAUGUGUAAAGCUAACUAGUAGACUCUCUCUCUCUCUCUCUCUCUCUCUCUCUCUCUCAUUAGAUCCCUUUUGGAAGGUUAACAUUUUUAUUUCCAUUGUA